AUGCACAAACGUGGGAUUGAGACUGCCGCUCGCUUUUACCGGGUGACGAAGCUCGUAUUGGUAAGUCCAUAGCUUUUCCAGAAUCCGAACAGACUCUCGGAAGGAAGUUCUUACUGGGUAUUUGGAUUCUACCAAGUGAGUGGUGCCCAGACGAAAAUUCUCUCAGCAAUACCGAGAAGACAGAUCCCCAAUGAAUGUCGCCGAUUUGCAGUUUCUUAUGCUUUUGUGCAGGCGAACAAUGGCUGCAUUUUUGAAAUAUUGCAGGACUUGUUUUUGCCGUCACAUCUCUUGCAACAGUGAAGUAAGCUUUUCCGGUAGUUGAGGGUUAUAGGGUUUUAUACUUAAACUGGAAUUGAGUCGGUGCCCUAAGAUUUUCCACUGGAAAUCUGUUAGAACGGUCUAGUUGUUUCCUGUAGGGACGGCGGUCAAUCGAAUCCGGCAUUGGUCUCCCCUCGAGGAAGUUUAUUGGUAGCCACCUUGCAGAUUAUAAAUUGGUGAUCGAGAAUGCACCUAAAGUGUUCGUCCAAACGCUCCUGCAUCUGUGAUUUUUCCCUCACUGGUUUUUCUUAACAGUAACUGCAUAACGGCGCAGCUCCGACGGUUUGGAGGCCGUAGACUGCCUUGUUAUGUAUGAAGAACUUCUCCAUUUCAUUAAAAUCUCUAUGCCGUUGGAUUUGGUGGUUAAUCAGCUGUUUUAUGUAUUCCCCUCUGUCUUUGUUGCAACUGGUGAAAACACUGAAAGCAUGCAGCUUCGUUUUGGAUUAUGCUAUCGCUCUGGUAGGCCUUGUGAGGCUGGUUUUUCUGGUACCGGUCACUGUAUUUCGCCACCGUUGUUCUCGAACCGGUUCUGAUGUUUGCGUUGCACAGGUCAGAUGGCUUCGGCAGCCGGGCUGUGGAUGGCAUUCCGAAAUAUCGGUCAGUUUUGUCUAAUGUCUUUAGUCUCCAUAACGUAGGUUGAUGUGCACCUUGCUACAGAGCUUGCCUGCUUUCAACCAUGUCCAGUGAGCUUUUGUCGCAAACUCGAGGAGGACGUGUAUAUUGCGGUAAAUUUCUCCCUCGUGUCAUCGUUGUAAUGACGUAGGCGUCUAUAAUGGUGACGAAUUUUUCGGGACAGAGUGGGGACCCCAUUGGAAUGUAACGUUCCUUGCUCCCGUGAGAGAGAGAGAGAGAGAGAGAGAGAGAAAGAAAGAAAGAAAGAAGGUAACUGCCCUGUAAAGUCGCAUCCGAUAUCGAAAGCAAUCCUAACGUCUCGGCGCUCUUCCUUGUGACGGUCUUUUCGGAAAGCAUAAUCGACGCCGACUCCGUUCACCUCUACGUGUUCGGCUAAACGAGUCUUGCUUUGUACGCCGAGGUUAGUAUUUUGGGGGUCAUCUUCAUAACCCAUUUACCCCUUUAUGGGUGGGGCAUGACCAAUUAUUUGUCCAAGGCCGUCACUUACUUCCAUUAUGGGUCAUAACUUUAGUGUAGUUAGAAAACGGCCCAAAUUAACGUAGACCGUAACACCCUCCCCGCAGGGUUCUGCUUAUUUAAUGGGGCUGCGGGCUGGUGUUGGAGGCGGCUAAGUGGUGACGAAGACCUGCCCAGUGCGAGGGGCUUUCGCAGUGCUGACUUCAUUCUCUCUUCUCCGUUUCACCUCUAUCCAAUGAGAAAACUGACUCAAGCCGUCUGGAUAUGAGACCAAAGGCAACGGAUGAUAUGACGUAAAACGCUCGCCUACAUGUGUCACAUCAGGGCUGAUUCCCUAAUACUGACUGAAUUAGGCUCCAAGUACAGCCUCGUGGGUCAGCAACUCUUAUCUGACCCAGUCGCCAGUCAAGUCCAUUGCCCAGCUGUGACCACUGGCUAAGCCACAGUUUAAUGAACAAAAAGCUUUAUUAACCUGACGUUUCGGAUACUCACUCAAAUCCAUCAACAGAGACAAAGUCGGAUAAGGGUAGUGGAUUGCCCAACUAUAACAGGCAUGUGGCGCCCUAGCAACUGCAUCCUAUAAAUACUUCAACGUCUGGCCAAUCCACUACCCUUAUCUGACUCUGUCUCAGAUGUUGGAUUCGAGUGAGAAUCCGAAAAGCCAGACUAAUAAAUUUCUUGUUCCGACGAUCGUGUCUCCUACUUCGCAACUACUUUGUGCAAUUCACCUCUUCGCUCCUAUCAGGAAAAUACAUAACAGGCAUUAAGUGCAUCUAGGCACUCAGAACGACUGCCAAUCCAACAGGUUGUAGUCCCGCCUGGACACUCACGUACCCCUGAAUCUGAGUUAGGGUCUUUAUGAUGGAAUAAACCCUAAGAAACACAACUCGGGAUGACUUAUGCAGAGUCUAAUCUUAAGAUUUUCAGAACCUGUGAGAACUUUAAGGUUGAGAAUGUCCUAAUCCCUCUCCAAAAGAGCCAUUCCGAACUCAUCGGCCCCAUCGGUGGCUUAUUUGGUCGUAGAAAACGCCCUUGAAGAUUUCGCGCUGCCACUCUGAACGUCAUCGAUUUCGCAAAGAUCGAAUCCCAAACGACGAAAAACGUCAGAGCAAACACCUUGAGCUCUUAGGAAACCCCUGUCCCAUUACCAGUGAAAAGUUCGUCCUGUAGCCGAACCCAUUUGCGCACGAAUUAACUAAGCUUCUGAGGAGCUGAUUUGGCCUCAUUACGGACGUAAACGGAUAAUUCUUGAAUUUAAUGAGAUUAGACAAAGAAGAAAAUCAGAUCCUUGCGAUGCAGUCGAGAAGGUUUGUAAAAUUAUUUCUUGAAAUCUGUUUUUUUUUUCACAGAUUCCGUUCUCCAUGGGCGUAUAUUUCAGGUAGUGUAGAAAGUGCAAAGAGUCAAAAACGUGUGACAAUGAUGCCCUGGUCACUGAGGUUUGUGCACAGCAGGAGGCAGUUCAGUGUCGAAAACAAGUUGGAAAUGAAGGCUGCCCACUUUUUCCUGUGAGUUUUCGGACAGUGGCCGCUUUAUAAGACUGUUCUGCAAGGAAGGAGAAGGGGAGGAUGAAGUAUUCUCCUGGUAUUCCGCAGUAAAACCCAACCCAGUGUCCAUCUUUUUCAAUGGAUCCACUUCCCAGGCUCUCACGAAAUAUGAUGGAUGUGUGUGGAAAUUCACGGACCGGGGCGGUGUGCUCGGGUGCUUCCCGUCCCCACCCAAAGCAAGCUUGCUUUAAGCCGCAAAAUGUCUGUCGUUCACCUCCGGCCAUUGACAUGCCCCAAUUCGUCACGGUAGCGUGGGCGGGCAACAAAGUUCAACGCAGCAAAUGGAUUGGUUCAUAAGACACGGGCGACGCUGAUUCAAUAGGGCAAACUUUGAAAUCGUGUUCACGAGGUUUUUUGGUCUAAGUUAGUUCUGUUCAGAGUCGCUGGAAGUCUAACCCAUGUGAUGUAAUUUAAACAUUCCCACAAAUGCCUUAGGGGCCCACGCGAAAAAUCUCCAUGAUUGUUUGAAUUGGGGAGUUUUCCUGCGGCAGCAACCAGUGCGCUGGUAACUCUACCUCUACUUUUCUCUCAGUGUAGCACUUGUCGGCAAGUGCGCGUGGAAUUUCUGAGACCUGUCCUAUUCCAUUGCAUAAACCGAAGAGGCGUCGUGUGAGUGAAUGCUAUCAGCCCUGAAAAAUCAGAGGCAGGGAAAAAACCAGUUGUAAGAGCGUAGAAACUCUGACUGACAUUACAGUACUUAUCCUCCAAGCAGAGUUAAUGCCACCCGGCGAAACAUGGUUUACAGGCCUCUCCUAAAUUGUGGUCGUUUUUGAUAUUGCUGUUUAGUCUCAAAAAUACGAAGUCAUCUGAACGAGACGAAACGGAAUAGGAAGUGGGAGAAAACGAUGACGGCUAUGCUGCUGCUGCUGCUGCUGCUGCUGCUGCUGCUGCUGCUGAUGAUGAUGAUGAUGAUGAUGAUGAUGAUGAUGAUGAUGAUGAUGAUGAUGAUGAUGAUGAUGAUGAUGAUGAUGAUGAUGAUGAUGAUGAUGAUGAUGAUGAUGAUGAUGAUGAUGAUGAUGAUGAUGAUGAUGAUGAUGAUGAUGAUGCGGGAGGCAGGGUUAAUGUCACCGAAAUUAAUCAUAGGUCUCUUGUCAUUUACUAG